CUCCCAGCUGGUGUUCCGAAGAGGCGAAACCAGAACGGACACUCUCUUUCUUCCAGAGGUCGAGGCGAUCAUCAUGGCAGCUGGGGUUCCCUUCUCAGAGCUCUGCGAGGAAGUCACUUGCCCCAUCUGCCUGGAAUACUUCGAGGACCCGGUGGCCUUCCCCGAGUGCGGCCACAACUUCUGCCGCGCCUGCGUGGCCCUCUGCUGGGGGAGGGAGGAGGCUGAGGCAGACGCCUGCUGCCCCCAGUGCAGACGAGCAGCUCAGCGAAGGGACGUCCAGCCGAACCGGCAACUGGCAAAUAUCGUAGAGAUAGUCAAGAGGCUCAGUCUUCAGGGGGAAAGGGCGGGAGAAGCGGAGGGAGGGGAAGGAAAAUGGAAGCUCUGCGAGAAGCACCGGGAGCCCCUGAAGCUCUUCUGCCAGGACGACUCGACCCUUCUCUGCGUGGUCUGCGACAGGUCCAAGGAGCACAAGCCGCACGAGGUGGUUCCUCUCGAGGAAGCUUGCCAAGAGUACAAGGAUAAACUCCACACACAUCUCGAAAUGCUGUUGAAAGAGAAAGAAAAACGAAUGGUGUAUAAAGCAGACACAGAAAAGGAAGCACAGCUUUUGCUUGAGCAAACAGAAUCUGAGAGGCAGAAGAUGGUGACUGAAUUCAGACAAUUACACCAGUUCCUGGAGGAAAAAGAGAAGGUUCUGCUGACCCAGAUGGAAGAGCUAGAAAAAGAGAUUGCAAGAGAAAGGGACAAGAAUCUGGCUAGACUCUCUCAGGACAUCUCAUCUCUUGAAAGUCUCAUCCUUGAGCUGGAGGAGAAGGUUGAGCAACCAGCCACUGAACUCCUGCAGGAUGUCAGAUGUGCCUUGCAGAGGUAUGAGGAGAAGUCUGAGGAGCUAUUUGAGAGCCCAGUGGCACUGCCCUUGGAACCGAAGUGGAAGAUCCAGGAUGCCUGUGAUUUGAACUGCUUUCUGAAGGCUGUUAUGAAAUCCUUCCAAGACACUCUGGCUUCUGGAUUUCAGCUGCAGAAAGCAAAUGUGAAGCUGGAUCCAGAAACAGCCCAUCCCUAUCUUAUCCUGCCCGAAGAUUGUACAAGUGUGAGAGAGGGAGAUGAACCUCAAGAUUUGCCUAACAAUCCUGAGAGAUUCGACCAAUUUACUGUUGUGCUGGGCCGUGAGGGAUUCACAUCAGGCCGACAUUUCUGGGAUGUUACCGUGGGACAUGAGAUAGGGUGGGCUGUGGGGGUCGCCAGAAAGUCUGUAAGGAGGAAGGGUGCAAUAGGGUUUAGUCCGGAGGAAGGAAUUUGGGCUGUGGAAAAGUGGCUGGGCGGGUACAAUCCUUUCAUAAGCCCUCAUUACGAACCCUUGACAAUAAGUGGUGGCGACCUCCACAGGAUCCGCAUUUCUCUGAACUACCACGCAAGCAGAGUGGCCUUUUUCAAUGUGGACACCGCAGCCCCACUCUAUAUAUUCUCAGAAGCCUCCUUUUCUGGAGAGACCCUUUUCCCUUUCUUUUGGGUGCAUUUAAAAGCCCAACUUGAUCUCUCUCCUUAAAGUUGUCAGAUCAUGCCACUGUGGUUUGUGAAACUAGUUUAGGCUUAUUAUGCAUGGGUGUUUCCCCAAGUUUUCUGAGAGCGCUUUUGUGUUGAGUUUUUCCUUGUUUUGUUUCUAAGCCAAAGAUAAUUCAAAAGUGUACAAAUUGCUCCUCCCUUUUUCCACCCCUCGAGUUUACUCCUCACUCUCAUUGAGGUCAUUCCACUCACACACACCCAGUUAAUCCUGCUCCAAGCCCAGAAGAGGGCAAAAACCCCCCUCUCCAGGUAUCUUGGAAGUACAGGAGCUUUACGCAGGAUCCUCAGUUCUCCACAUUUCUUGGUAAAGGGGAAAAUGCUGUUCAAACAAACUGCAAAGAUUAUCUGAUUACAAUGAUAACAAUAAAGGAAUUUUCACUUACAAAAA